GACCAAGAGCUGACGUGUGCAGAAGUCCUUCUUGUUCUGGUCCUUGUUCCCGUCUGAGUACCAGCUCCCCAUUGCCCUGAGGGCUAGCAGGCCUGCGGCAGAGGGAAAGAGGUGGAGGAGAAGGAAAUUGUCCUGGAUUCUUGCAGGGGGUCCAAGCCUCUCCCGGAUUGCCAGUCUUUCCGUAGGUUGCGACACUACACCAGGCAAGAGAAGAGGAAGGAAAUUAACCCCAAUUGGUGAAGGUCGAUUUGAGGGUCUGCUGUAGCAGGUGGCACCACUUGAAGAGAGGGAGGAAGUUUCCUUGGAUCAGUAGAGAUCGCAAGGGUUGUUGGGCGUGGCACACCUCCAGGGAAGGGAAGAAGGGACAAACCGUCUGUCUGGAGGAGGUCCACCUCCAGUAUCAGCUAUUGUGUCCUUGAAGUGGCUGAAGACGAUCACCUUCCACAGCCUUGCACCCAGGCCCAUAGUGCUCCUCUCCCAGCCUGAGUGAAUACUCUGUUCCUUGGUCCCUGCUAUUGUCAGGGACGAUUGCAUGGGCUACGCCAGGAAAGUAGGCUGGGUGACUGCGGGACUAGUGAUUGGGGCUGGAGCCUGCUAUUGCAUUUAUAGACUGACCCGGGGAAGAAAACAGAACAAGGAGAAAAUGGCUGAGGGUGGGUCUGGGGAUGUGGAUGAUGUUGGGGACUGUCCUGGGGCCAGGUACAAUGACUGGUCUGAUGAUGAUGAUGACAACAGUGAAAACAAGGGUAUAGUGUGGUACCCACCUUGGGCCCGGAUUGGGACUGAGGCUGGAACCAGAGCAAGGGCCAGAGCAAGGGCCAGGGCUACUCGGGCUCGUCGGGCUGUUCAGAAACGGGCUUCCCCCAAUUCAGAUGAUACUAUUUUGUCCCCUCAAGAGCUGCAGAAAGUUCUUUGCUUGGUUGAGAUGUCUGAAAAGCCUUAUAUUCUUGAAGCAGCUUUAAUUGCUCUGGGUAACAACGCUGCUUAUGCAUUUAACAGAGAUAUUAUUCGUGAUCUAGGUGGUCUCCCAAUUGUUGCAAAGAUUCUCAAUACUCGCGAUCCCAUAGUUAAGGAAAAGGCUUUAAUUGUCCUGAAUAACUUGAGUGUGAAUGCUGAAAAUCAGCGCAGGCUUAAGAUAUACAUGAAUCAAGUGUGUGAUGACACAAUCACUUCUCGCUUGAACUCAUCGGUGCAGCUGGCUGGACUAAGAUUGCUCACAAAUAUGACUGUUACUAAUGAAUAUCAGCACAUGCUUGCUAAUUCCAUUUCAGACUUUUUUCGUUUAUUUUCAGCAGGAAAUGAAGAAACCAAAUUUCAGGUUUUGAAACUCCUUUUGAAUUUGGCUGAAAAUCCAGCCAUGACUAGAGAACUGCUCAGGGCCCAAGUACCAUCUUCACUUGGUUCCCUCUUUAAUAAGAAGGAGAACAAAGAGGUUAUUCUUAAACUUCUGGUCAUAUUUGAGAACAUAAAUGACAAUUUUAAAUGGGAAGAAAAUGAAUCUGCUCAGAAUCAAUUCAGUGAAGGUUCACUUUUCUUCUUUUUAAAAGAAUUUCAAGUGUGUGCUGAUAAGAUUCUGGGAAUAGAAAGUCACCAUGAUUUUUUGGUGAAAGUAAAAGUUGGAAAAUUCAUGGCCAAACUGGCUGAGCAUAUGUUUCCAAAGAGCCAGGAAUAAAUUCUUAAUUUUGUAGUUUAGAAGUAACAUACAUUGUAAACUAUUCCUUUUCUCCACCUUGUUUAUAUGGUAAAGGAAUCCUUUCAGCUGCCAAUUUUGAGUGAUGAAUAUCAUUGUAUAAUCAAUGCUGAUUUUUAUCUGAGUUGAUCUUCAGGUCUAAGCUGGAUGAAUGAAUAUCACUACCUGUUCUGAAAACAUGUUUGUUGCUUUUUAUCUCGCUGCCUAGAUUGAAAUAUUUUUACUAUUUCUUUUGCGUGACAGUGAACUAGUUUUUCAUAAGUAAGCUCUCUCCUGUCAUUUGCAUUAACUUGAUUUGUAUAUCAUCAAUAAAGUUGUGUAUUAAUGCUGAACAAAACAAGAA